AAUGGCGUUGGACUUGCGAUUGAAGAAAAUCAACAAAGUUUAUAAAGAGGGGGACCUUGUGUCAGGGGUGGUAGUGGUAGAAAGUAAAGGAGAUCUACAACACCAGGGCAUCCUCCUUGCCAUGGAGGGAGCUGUUACCCUUCAGCUCAGUGCCAAAAGUGUGGGUCUGUUUGAAGCCUUCUACAACUCACUCAAGCCAAUACAGUUGGUGAAUUACACACUAGAGAUAGCCAAGCCAGGCCGGCUUCCAUCAGGAAAAACAGAGAUACCUUUUGAGAUUCCACUGAAACCAAAGGGAAAUAAAACCUUAUAUGAAACUUAUCAUGGAGUUUUUGUUAACAUACAGUAUACACUCAAAGUAGAUAUGAAAAGGUCCUUACUAAGCAAAGACUUACAGAAAAUAUGUGAAUUCAUUGUGGAAUAUAAGAAUCAAGACGAAAAACCCAAGUUAAAGCCAGUAAACUUUACAAUAACACCAGACACACUGACCAAUAUUAAAGAGAAACAAAAUGUCCCAAAGUUCAAAGUGCGAGGGAAACUAGAGUCAUCAACUUUGUGUAUUACAACACCACUAAGAGGGGAGUUGAUGGUUGACAGCUGUGAGUCGCAGAUUAAAUCUAUAGAGAUACAGCUGGUACGAGUGGAGACCUGUGGUUGUGCAGAAGGAUACGCCAAAGAUGCAACAGAGAUACAAAACAUACAGAUAGCUGAUGGGGAUGUGUGUCGCGGUAUACCUAUCCCAAUUCACAUGGUCUUUCCCAGACUCUUUACCUGUCCUACACUCUCUACAAACAAUUUUAAAGUCGAAUUUGAAAUUAACAUUGUGAUUGUAUUCCAUGAUGACCAUCUUGUGACAGAGAAUUUCCCAAUAAAGUUAACGAGAUUUUAGAGACAGAGAAUCACCAUUGUGAAUGUGAGAAAGUGUUGGAGUGGUUGUGUUGUAGUGAUUGUAAAGAACAAUAAAAUAUAUAUAUAUAAAUAUAUAUCAAACAUAUAUAUAAAAAAUGUUCCUUUGAAAUUAAUUGAUUUUUGUAUCAAUUGAUAUACCCACAGAGUAUCUCCAACUUUCCAGCUGCUGUCAUCCUCAUCAUUGAAAUGUUAAAAAUAUUUUUCGAUUUUAUUGCAUGAGAAAUAAUUUGGUUUGAAGGGAAACAUGAUUAUAUAUAAUUGGUACUACCCCAUCUUAUCACAUCCCACAGAUCUUUUUGAAUGUUUCCCUUCAAAUAAUUUCUCUACGAAAUACAUACAUAUGUAUUUAGCAAAAAGUGUUAUUAUUUCACACAGUUCAAACGAUAAGGUAUUCUUAUGCCCAAACCCAGUACUAAUCCUCCAUCUUAUGUCCUACCCUUGUACCAAUCCUCCAUCUUAUGUCCUACUUGUAUCAAUCCAGCAUCUUAUGUCUUGCACUUGUAUCAGCUAGUAUCUUGUUAUCAGUGUAUCAGUGUAAAUGCAGUGAAAAUUAAAUCUAUUCCUUUGGAAAGGUUCAGCUUACCCUACUAGUUUUCCAGUGUUAAAAUCCGAAAGGAAACAAUUGAUACGACAGAGGAUAGCCUUAAAACUACAAGGGAAACCAUACCAUAGUUCUUAGUAAAUAGAACUCUGUUUUUUUAGAGAAAUGUCGACAAAGACAUGGGCUUCAAUCUUUCUUUAUUGGGGUAUGGUUGUAAAUAUCAGCAUAGAAAUCACAUUCCACAUACUGUAUUACUGGAGUGUACAUUACAUAGUGCUAGAAAUUGCAGGAGUUCAGAAAAGACUUGAAUGGGCAGUUCUAACGAGCCAGGUUCUGGUGCUUAUACAUCAAUUAUUAUGUUAAAAUUAUGUGCAAUAAAUGAGAUUGAACUUCCUAA